CUGCCAGCUUCGAGCCCGCUGGGCUGAAGUGCAACAACAAUGGACGAGUCUGGUAUCAAGAAGCAGAACUGGGACGUGAAGGAGACAGAGUUAUUUUUAGAAAUCCUCAAGGAGCUGGACAUGAAGAAGUGCUUGGACGGCAGGAAAGUGAGGAAUAACAAGCUCUUCAAGGUGGCCCACCGGAGGAUGACGGCCGCCGGCUAUCACAGAUCUGUGGACCAGUUGAAGUUUCGCUGGAAACUUCUCAAAAGUGCGUAUUACAAGUGCAAAAGAGAACCCGAAUCUCCGGCUCCGACCAAAAUACAGGGCUGGUGGCGUUACGAGAAGACCAUGAUCGCCAUCAUGGAGUCCAGACACCCACUGCUCGCGGCUGGAGUCCGCUGUGACCGGGAUGACGAAGUGACGGAGGACUCGGACGGAGACGCGUCGAUGCUGCACUGGCCGCGGUCCUGCCCGGACAAGUCCGUCCGGAACCCGGAUCUUAUUAUCAAAAUGGACCCAGAGAUCGACUCCCCGCUGAAGAUUGGUUUCAUCGGCGCAGGGAACAUGGCCUUCGGCAUCGCAAAGGGCAUCUUGUCUGGAAAUGUUCUUCCUGUAAACGUCAAAGUGAGCGCACCCUCCUCCAGGAACCUCGGCCGCUUUCAGGAGCUCGGCGUGACCGUCACUCACUCCAACACAGAGGUGGUGUCCGGGUCAGACGUGGUCUUUGUAGCGGUCAAGCCUCACCUGGUCGCACCAGUUCUCAAUGAGAUCUCGGUGCACGUAACGGGCCGACACAUUAUCGUGUCUGUUGCAGCAGGCGUUACACUAGCAACGUUGGAGCAGCUCCUGCCAGCAAAUUCAGUUGCCAUCAGGCUCAUGCCAAAUCUCCCAUGUUUGGUUCAGGAGGGGGCGCUGCUGUUUUCACGGGGGUCCCAUGCAAAGCAGGAGGAUGGAGCUCUGCUUCGUUCUCUGCUGCACCGCUGCGGUUUGGUGGAGGAGGGGCCCGAGGCCUGGAUUGACAUCCACACCGGACUGAGCGGGAGCGGCGUCGCUUUUGUGUAUCUCUUUGCUGAAGCGCUGGCAGAAGGAGCUGUUAAAAUGGGUAUGCCAAGUGCUCUGGCACACAGCAUCGCAUCCCAAACCGUCCUGGGUGCUGGGAGACUGUUGCGUGAGUCUGGGAAGCAUCCGGCUCAGCUGCGCUCUGAGGUCUGCACCCCAGGGGGGACAACCAUCUACGGGCUGCACACCCUGGAACAGGGUGGUCUGAGGGCAUCCACCAUGAGCGCUGUGGAAGCUGCCACUGAGAGAGCCAGAGAGCUGGGCCAAAAGUCAGCAGCAGGAUCCAGGAAAUGACACUUCUGCGGUUUGCCUUUUAAUAACUAUUACUAACUACACUCAAUGGACCUGAUUGUAGCCUUACAACAAGCUGACUUUUGGGCUCGAGGUCCUGAAGGAAAACAAAGACAGAGCAGGACUUGUCACGUUGUUGUUUUAAAUUUUGUUAAAACAAGUGCAGUUCACACUUCCUCAUUUCAUCUGUAAUGUCUUUAUGAAGAAAAGGUUGGCUAAAUUGUUGACACUGACAAGUAAAAUAUUUGAACAUGA